AUGGUGGAAGAAGUGAAGAUGAAUGAAGAAACAUUUGUUGUGAGGCUACUUGUAGUUUCUACUCAAGUAGAUUGCCUUUUGGGAAAAUCUGGUGGUGUAAUCAAGCAAAUGGCUUCUGAAAGAAAGGAACAAAUAAAGAUUCUUCCAAGGGAUAAAAUUCCUGCAUGUGCAUCUUCUUCUGACGAAUUGGUUCAGGUCCCAGAUGAGCAGAUAUGUGCUCCCCAAGAUGCAGUUCUUCGUGUACCGACAAUGAUAUUUAGGGUUGCAAUUGAGACCAAGCCAGUGAAAGCAAAAGUCAUUGUGACACCAAAAGUAAUUGAGAUGCAACACUUGGAGCAUUGA